CGUGAAUUAUUAUCAGUGGAAAAAGCCCUUAAAAAGUUUAAAGUAAGCUAUAUGCUUGUUUAAAACAACUCUUUAAAGUUGUAUACUAAGAAAACUACCAAUUAGCACCGUUGUAAUUUCGCGCUUCUGAUAUCCAAAUCUUUUAAUUGGUUUUUAAUAAAGAACAAUAUUCUUUUAAAUUUUUGUUGAAUAAAAAUAAAGAAAAAAAGGCAGGUGCAAAAAUGAAUCAGAACAGUUGUAUUAGAAUUGACAAUAGCCAUUGUUCUACCUCUUGGGAAUUCCGUCCUCUAUGUAUUCUAAGGGAAAGUGAAAAAGCUUCCAUAUCAUUAUGUUUUAUCCCAGUGACAUUCUCAAGAAAAGAGGAAAGUUUGGAGUCAUAUGGCUAGCUUCUACUAAAGCAAAAAGAUUGCACAGAAGACAAAUAUGCUCUGUGGACAUUGUAGAAGCCAGUGAAGAUAUAAUCAAUGUGAUAAACACGCACAAUCUAGCUGGGAUGACUAGAAAAGUCUAUUUCUCCCUCUAUCUGUCCUCUCAGCUAGUAAGUGGAUUAAUUUAUAUCGCUGACAUGCAGACCAGAUAUUUAUUAGAGGACUUGAAAGCUAUUGUUUUUAAAUUGAGUGAUUCGAAACUACCUUCUAUUGAUUUAAAUAGGACAUUAAACAAAUCUAAAGUGACAUUAAAGGAGCUUAACAUGUCUGAUGCGCCAUUCGACUUUGGUUGCCUAGAUCCAUCUCCCGAGCCAUCUCACCAUGUAUACGAUUAUAGUCAGUACUUCCUUAUAACAACUCCAAAGAGCAGCUCUGAAGGAUCAUCUCCUCAGCUUGGGCAAUCCAUUUUUGAAGUCCCUCGAGAAGUUAGAAGAAGAUCUAUUUGCCCUCCCAUUUCUGCUUCCUUCCACACAACCCGAAAGCGUUGACCCUUUAGAGCGUGAUUCAACAACCCUUCAGUACGAUAUAGAGAAGCCUAUCUUGGCUGAAGAACCUGUUGAGCAACAACGAGAUACUUCAUUGUUGCAAACGCCUGGGUCACCUCCUGAACAAAUGGAUGGUUUUGUUCUUCCACCCGCUGUUCCUGAUGAUGGUAGAAGACGUAAACGAAAACGCCAGUUGGUUGUGGAUGCAGUCACUAGUUUGACCGGUGACCAGAUAAAAAAGAACAUUUUAUCUGCCAAUAAGAAUUUGACUACACCUUUGGUCAAACCAAGUACUCUGGAGUCUGCUAAGUCUUUGAUGACCAGAUUGGGAUCAGGUUCCUUGGUUCCUAAACUGAUUCUUGGACGAUUUAAAAGAUUGAAAACGUUGCCACAACUGGAAGAAGAUGAAGUUUCUGGAGAAGAAAGUGAUGAACUGAUCCGUCCAGUGAGAAGGCGAAUUUCUGUAUCAGAGUCUGUCGAGCACGAGAGGGAGAAAACAAGGGAUAGAUCGGCAUCUGGUUUUUUGAAGUCUGCCUCCAUCGGAACUCUUGAAGCAUCUAGUACUCUAUCUGCUACUGCUAGGUAAUUACAAAAUAUAUUUAUAUCAGGGUUGCCACAGACGACUAAAAUACAACUAUUUGCAACUAUUUUUGGCAUAAGGCGACUAUGGCAACUUUUUUUGCCUGAAAAGGCUGGAAACGCAACUAUUUCCAGGAAAAGGAGACUAUUGGGAGACUUUUCUAAACUCCUAGCAAUGUUUUUUUUUUAAAGCAUAAUUUGAGUGGAAAAUCUGAACCCCACAAGAUAGUUUCUGAACACACUAAACUUUUUUUUUCCUUAAAAAAUUUUGAAAAUUUUGAAUUGCAAAUUUGAGUCUUUACUUUUUAAUUGGUUCAAUCUGCACACACUCCAUUGUAAGUCUAUUUCAUUUCUCGAUCGCCUUUUCAAUGAUUAUUGCUAUGAAAUUCCGC